AUGGGCUAUCCAACUCGGACCUCUGCUCAAUAUGACAGGACAACCUUUCUUGGCUAUCUUCCCACAAUAUUGCUCCCUUCUUUCCCUCACAUCAACAAGAUAGUUUCCAUUCAAGAUCCCGUCAACGAUGUACCACCACCAGCCGAAGGCUUACGGCUCAGCAAAGCUCUCCCAGAUGCAUCGCCGCAGACAAUAUUGUUCCUCUCCUGGGGAGAUGCGAAGUCUCGUUACAUCGAAAAGUACACCAGUCUAUACAGUGAGCUCUACCCCGAAGCCAGAAUCAUUCUCGUCGAAACCGGUAUGGCAGAUUUCUUCUGGCGUCCAGAAAGCACUCAGCGCAAGGUAGUCGAUCCAGUGGUGAAGAUGUUGGGCAAAGUAACCGAUAAUACUCUUCUGGUACAUGUGAUGUCAAACGCCGGUUCAACGCGAUGGGCUGGAAUCAACAAGGCGUACUUCCAAUCCACUGGACGCACUUUGUCGAGCGCCUCAACGAUUCUAGACAGUGCGCCCGGUCGCGCACAUUUUCAACAGACAUGGGCAUCUUUGACACAGAGUUUACCUCGUGCGUUUCUACCUAGGAUGAUUCUGGGCUUUGUUUUUGGCACUGUCUUGUGUAUAAUGCAUCUUGGGAAACUUGUUCUCCCUGGUCCUGAUAUCUAUGAUUAUGUGAGAGCUCAGAUGAAUGACACUACCGCUGCUGUGGAUGGAACCCGAAGAUGUUAUAUUUAUUCUGAAAAGGAUGAAAUUAUUGCAUGGGAAGAUGUCGAAGAACAUGCUAAGGAUGCUCAGCAGAAAGGGUGGUCUGUGGAGCAAGUUAAGUUCCAGGGGAGCACACACGUUGGACAUAUGAAGCAAGACCCAGAAAUGUACCGGCAAGCAAUUGUGAGGACAUGGGCUGGAAGCUCGAAGUUGUAA